AUGGCGGACAAGGCCGCCUGGUACGACCCCGCUUGGGGCGAGUGGGCUCGGGAGAUAGAGGAGGAGCAUGCCGCUGCCGAGUGGGCUCGUGAGCUGGAGGCAGACUAUGCCAGAAAGCGGAAGGCUUCGAAGACAGAGGUCGAAGCUGCUCAGCAAAGCAGUGCGAAAGUGCACAAACCAGAGGCCGAGGUCAAGGAGGAAGAGCAGAUGGAGGAUGCACGGCUUCAGACGGCUCUUGCCCGAGCGAUGUUGUAUGCUGCAGGUGUGGCAGCGAGCCAGCCUAAAGCACCGGCACCGGUUCAGCAUCACUUUGUGCCCAGUGCACCGGUGCCACCGCCUCCUCCGGUGGCAACAACUGAGGAGCUGCCUGGAUGGGACAUGCGACAUGGUUUGGGCCAGCAGGAUGGCUUUGUCCCGGUGACCACUGAGGAGCAGCCUGGAUAUGACAUGGGUGGCUUUCAGCAGCCGGCAACCACCCAGGAGCAGCCUGCGUAUGACAUGCCACAUGGUUUUGAUCUGCAGGGUGGCUUUCAGCAGCCAGUGGGCCAGGGCGGCUAUGCCUCCGAGUGGGCUCAUGAUGGCCAGCAAGGUGCCAAUGCUGGGCAUGUUGAGCCAGGUGGCUAUGUUGGGCAAGGUGGCGAUGCUCAGCAGACUGGGGCACCACCUGAGGUGGAGCAGGCUUCUGCUCCGACACCUGUGGAUGUCAAGGAGGAAGAGCCGCCCAACGGGUGGACGGACAACCAAGGCCGUUACUGGUCGAGGGACACCCACAACCCUCUUGUGUGGUGGAAUCUGGACGAUGUUCAUGGAUGGUCCAGGUGGAAACAACCAGUGGCUGGGUAG